GCAAUUCGGAAGAAGCAAAUUUGUCCAUUUCUCUUUCUUCGGAAGCAGUCCACUUACACAAUAUCUUUCCCCCUCAAAAUUUUGUACAACAAGUAGAAGCACAACUUUUCUUCUUGCGUUGUAACUCUUUUAGUCGUCGUUGUAACGUAAGUAUUUACUGAGAACAAGAAGCGGCCGCACUGCUACAAUUCUUCGCCCGGCAGCGCAGUGGAAAUGAUUCCCGGGACGAUGUUGAACAUCUUCUUCAAGAGGUUGUUCUACAAAAAAUCGGUUCCGUGCGCCGGCGUGGCCGCGAAGUUCAUUCUGAUGCAACACUUUUUCUACUGGGGAAGUGUCAACAACUGCGUGGUCGAAACGGCUGGUCUUGCAAUCAAAACGACGACGAGUCCUGGUCUGCUGAGAUUGUUGGCGAGGAAGGGAAAAACCACACGGAAGCUCAAGCAUGGAACUCCUACACUAGAGGAGAAGGAAACUGAUCCGGUUCUACUCUCUGUUCCUGGGCCGCGGAGCACGAGGAAGCGACGAGUCAUUAAGGCUUCUUUUGCGGAAGAGCAGGGGCAUGAAGCCGAAGCCUCGAACAAGGGCGGUGUUGAUAUCAAGUGCAAAAAUGUCUGGGUCUGGAAGAAUGCAUGUUUGUCAUGCUUGUCUAGCAUAACUCUUAAACCUGUCAUGCACAUUACCCAAGAGCUCCGCUUUUCUGUGAUGCAGAAGCGCAGUUUGUCAUGCAGAAUAGGCAACACCUAGGAGCUCAGAAACUUGUCAUGCUGAGCCAGCCUUUGUAGCCUCAUCAUGAGACGCCACCCAGCAUCACAAGCUUCCAGACCCAGACAUUUUUACAUUUGAGAGUUGAAGAGGUAAAACAAGAAGCAGCAACGACGGCGACGCAAACGUACAGCUACGACUGCUCAGUGACUUCCACGGAGGGUAUCCAGGCGCUGGGGCCAGCUUCCCCGUGCGCCUUUGGAGGCUGCUAUCACGUUGGUGCGUGGGAGGAGUGGGCUGCUAACCCAUGGGAGUAUCCUGUUCAAAAGCCGAUACCCACGACCCCAUAGUCAAGAUGGGAUGAGUUAUUAUGUUGUAAUACAAGGCCGCAGGUGGGGCCGCGAAAUGUAAGAGAAACUGCCCUCACAUGUAAGAUUUGUCUGAGAAGAUCUCUGGGCUGGGGAGGCUUUUAGAUAGGAUACGAAGGGUCACGAAGAGUGCAACGAGGACGAUAACGCAGAGGUGACGAAGACCUUCGAGCAGGUCCGACAACGGUGCGCCUUCAAGCAUUGCAGGGGUGUGGGGUUUUUGCAGUACACUUGCAAGAGUUUGGCGAGCUGGGAGUGUGAAAAGUAUGGCAGUGCCCUAGUUUCUAAUGAUUGCGGCGGAUCCGUGGGUAUCCAUUGCAAAUGUGUCUUGGUCUCGAGCACUUACCAGCGCAGAUGUUUGCCAUGCAGUUUCUGCAUGAAGACCUUGAUCCCCGAAGAACCCGAUGCCGUGUGUGCGCCCCCCAAAGUAAUCACGGGUUCGGCGAGCGCUCCUUAAUGCCUAUUCUGUAGGAGAAGUCCCGCCAUCGCGUGGCAAACACCGACUCGCGUUCGCUCUUAAUGCAGGACGGAUUUUUUUAUUAUGGUUUCCUUUUGUUUUUUUUUCCAAAGAGCCGGUAAAAUGCAUUACAAAUUGGACUUGAGGAUCUUUUGAAAGUCGGUCAAUCGGUCGUGUCCACUAGUGCAACUCGGUGUAUGUUCAUCAAGGAAGACAGUUCUACUCAAGAUCGGUCGUGUAUAAAGUUGUGACCCCUUCCGAAAAAAAAAAGAACAGUGAAGUCAGAACAAGCUAGAAAUGCUGCCCAUUUUUGAAAAUUCGGUCACAAUGUCACGAAGUAGAUUUUAAUUUUUAAAAUUAGGGGCGUUUUUGAUGGCAAUUAAAACAAGAAACUUCUGUCGGUCAUCGCUCUGUCCGUUGGGCCUGAAGGAGAUCAGGUAGUAGAAGUAGAUCUGUAAUAGGGAAGCGUGCUGAAGAACGCAGACAUAGCUUGGGCCGUUGAUAGACACUUCGUGGGAGAGGGUUAGUGUAGCAUUGCUGAUGUAGAGUAGGAGCAGGAAGCUCAGGAUUAUUUCUUUCAUCCUCUUUCUUUUUUUGGACGGUGAGACACCUUUGUAAAAUAGUCCACGGCGUUUUCUUUGCGGUAGAUUCGCGCUGAGUAGCAGUAAUGUUUCCACAUUAUUCUCGAAGUAGUGUCUCGCCACGACCAGCCUCUUUUUUUUAUUCUUUAGCAGCAGUACUUUCGCAAAAAGAUGAGGUAGUGAGCAGCCAGGCUUCGUUGCCUUCCAGGUUUUAGGAGAGCUGCAGGCCCAGCGUUGGCGUUUUAUUGUACGGGAAGGCAGAGAAAAGCACAAGACGCAAUGGGGAGGAGCGCAGUGCAAGAUCAAGUUCGGCUACGUCCUACGGCCAUUGUGGAUCAGUGCGGAUGUGCCAAGAACGAAGAAAUCGGUGAAGCUGAUCAAACCGAUGCCGAGCUUGGAAGAGGCGAACAGACUAAACGCCGCAUUCGCAGCGGAGGAGAUUUACUGGCACGAAGAACUGCCCUACGCAGUAAUCAGGACGCAAAAUAAGGGAGGAAUAUCGAUGUUGCGACGCAACGAAUGCCUCACUCUGUCGGCCGAACGGAAAAAGGAGAUAAAGGAUGAAAUCGAAGAUCUAGAAGCACGGGAACGCCGGGCAAGAGUAGCAGAGCAGAUGCAGGAAAAAGAAGUGAUGGACCCGCUACCAACAGUGCAGAGCCAAGCAAAGGACUUCCCCCUGACAAUCUUGACGGCGAAUACCCGGGGCUUUUGAAGCGGCAGCGCGGCCGCGCCGGAGUCACUGAUAGCAGCGGAGUUGCUGAGUCUAGGGGCGCGUGUGUGCGUGCUCAUAGACUGCAACUUCCCCAAAAAUAAAGAUGAGCCCUGGGACGCAUUCGUGUGCAUGAUGGAGGAGCAUUACGAGGUAAUUCACCUGGAGGACGUCAUCAUAGCGGUAGCAAAAGGCGAACAGCUGCAACGGGGAGGAGACGGCAAGGCCUUUCACAGGAUACCAGGCACGAGGUCAAUGUAUCGGUUUGCUGUAAAUGGAAUAGAAAUAAUAACGGGCUACGUCAGACCGACAACGCAGAACGGAGAAGAAACAAAACAAAGGCGGGAAGAAUUGCAGAAGACCCUGCACGCGAUGGACAGCGGGGCGGGAGCAAGGAUGGUAGUAGGUACUGGUGACUGGAACUGGGAGAAAGUAGUCAGGUCCUGGACCGAAGAAAGGGAGGCGAGUGUAUUAGACCUGAUUCCGCAGUGCAUUACCAGAGCGACGGUUGACUCCAAAACCCGCCCAGAUGUGGCUCUGGUGAAGAAUAAAGGGCAGAGCCAGGUCACAGCAACAACCCAGGAGCUGAAGUUCAUUUUGUCAGACCACCAAGCCACAGUAGUGAACAUCGAUAGGGCAGCAUUUACCAAACCAGCGGCAAGUAGUAAACCAAAGGGAGCAAUGCCGAGGAUGAGAGCACCGGCGGUGAUGACAGCGGAGCAGAUAGACAGAUUCCAGGAGGAAAUGGGGAAGUUUGCGGACGCAGAAGAAGGAGAUUUGCAGCUGAGCAAACAGGUCAAAGAAGCGAUGAAGUGCGCGGGGAUCCAACUGUCAAAAACGAGACCAGCUCAGCGCCGCACGGUUCUAGUGGAUGUUGCAACCAACAGAGUCAUCCUGGAUACGGAAGAAAUCGGAAAGCUGCAGGAGGCGAGAUUUAGGCGGAAAGAGCCGAAAGGAGGAGACCCAGUACCGGCCGAAGAAGUCCUGAAGUGGAUACAUCAAGCCCCCAGUAAACAGGCCGAAUGGGGGGAAGGAUCGUGGCAGCGAGCGGUAGCAGCAGUGCAUGCGAAAAAAUCGCCGGGCUUUACUGGUACGCGGCCAGAACAGGUCCGAUUAGUACCUUCGCGGUACUGGUCGAAAUGGGUCAAACAGCAGGCGGAAAAGUACAACAACCUUGUACCGAUAGAAUUCGAAAAAACAAAUGUGAUUGUGGGCCUCGACAAGACGCAAAUAAAUGCAGGACAGGUCACGAACCUCCGCCCAGUAGCCAUACCCGAGGCGGGAGACAAACCAGGGGAAGGGCUGCUCCUGGAAGAACUGCACGACAUCGCGAAACGGGUCCCGUUCGCUAAUGCGUACAUGCCGGGCAAGAGCGCCUGCGCGUCGCUGUUUCGGGUGGUGGUCUUCAUGAACGAGAAGAAACCAGGGAAGACGCGAGCCAUCCGGAAAGCGGAUGUUGAAGGGGGUUUCGAGAAUACCUUCCACAGCGAGUUGGUGAGGAGACUCCUAGAACGAGGUGCCUCGAAAGAGCUUGCGUUCCAAGUCUUUCACUGGUUGAGAGAGCGGACACAUGCCUUGGUCGUGGAUGGACUCGUCGUGAGGAAGUGGACACCGGCCGCCGGGAUGGGCCAAGGCCCGAGACUCCCCCCGCCGCUGUGGGUCGUGUUCCUGGGGAAGCCGAUCGACGCCCUCAGUCGGGAGAUCAUCCGGUUCGACCCCGAAGUGUUCGCAGACGACGUCUUGUUGGCCUUCGAGUUCGCUGCUGACAGCUACGCAACUGAAAAAGAGGGGGCAGACACAUACCUCAAAGCCUGGGAACAGGCUACAGGUCUGACCUUCGGGAAGGUGGAGUGGCUGCGCGCGACGACAGGCUCCACCUCGGCCAGUGUUGACUUCGAGUAUUUGGGGUUCUUGGUGCAGUCUUGUGGGUCCACAGUGCGGGAAUUGGACAAAAGGAUGGCGCGGAUUAACUCCAACGCGAAGUCCAGGAACGCGGUGGAAAACGAGCAGCGGGAGCCUGCUGAGGACAUCCUGCACUUCCAGCAGAAGUGCAGGUCCCAGAUCACAUACGCGGCUGCUGCCUUGUACGAAGGCGUAAAAGAAAACGAAGUCAAGCUGACGCAGCUACAUCGAACGGUGGCGAGAGCAAUAAGGGCGUCGCUUGGACUCUCCAACACCUUCCCCUUCCGGGCUGCCUACAAGUUGAUCGGCAUGCAAGAGGCGGUGGACCUUUUGAAGACAGAACAUGAAGCGAUGAAACUCUACCAGGAAGGGCGCGUGGGUUCUUUCGAAAUUUCUGCAAGCGACAUGCACCGCCAGCCGGAAUGGUAUGACGAUACCAGGGUGGAAAUAGUUGACUCGAAAGAAGCCUACCAGAGGCUUGGAGUGGAGCAUGGCGACGAGGAGAAGCUCGUGAAAGUGAUGGAAGAGAAGUACUGCGCACUGCCAGUCCCAGCAACGGAUCUGAGGGCAAGCACCGAUGGAGGCCUCGCCCCGAAAGCAGAGCGGGCGAAAACGCCGGACCACCAGAGGAGAGCCAGCUGCUACAUCGAGUCGGCCACAGAUUCCCAGGCAAAUUCUUGGAAGAUCUGGACGGACUUCCACCAGCACGAUACCGAGGCGCUAGCGCUGCUGGAGUGCGUCAAGUGGAUGAAGGAAUGGUUGCGCGGAGAUCUACAAACCAUCUUCAUCUUCGUGGACUGCAAUAGCGUUUUGCAGUCGCUCGGAAACGCCUGCAACCGGAAGGAGAUAAUGCGGUCGAUUAGACUAGCGGUCAACAAGCUGCUGGAGGAAAGCAAGACAGUAAAAGUAGUAAUGCAUUGGUGUCCGGCGCACCGCAACUUCCGCCUCAACGUCUUUGCGGACCUCCUAGGGAAAGCGAAAAACCAAGAACCUGACACACCGCAAGACAAGCCACUUCUUACGAGGAAGUGCGUGAAAAAGAUGGUGAAAGACGACCUCCAAAGAACGAAGGAAGAGGAGGAAGAAGAAGAGGGAGAACACGAAGACAACACCUGCCUCGCGCGGGAACGGCGGGUGCAAGUCCUCGGGAGAGUCCCGCUGGCAGGUUUGACGCCACAACAACAGAGAGUGGUGAUGAGUCUCUGGACGGGAGAAUCAUUUUUGCCACUCUCAUUGACCAGAGAAGACAAAAACGGCUGGCCAGUGUGUAGAAAAUGCGGCGCCUGCCUCAAGGUGCGGAAUGUGAAGAACAAGCAGAAGCCCUGGAUAACAGGGGCGAGAACGGGAGAAGACCUUGACGUGAGGCGGUUCAAUAGAAUAGUGGAUCACCUCCUGGUUGAAUGCAAAGCAGUAGAAGGAGCCGCAGACUACGCGGGGCGCGACGCCAUCGAGAUUAUCAAGAAGGGGCCGAAAGUCCAAGCGAACAGGCUCCUCAAAGCAAUAGGCAAAGCCGGAGACGCAAUCUCCGCUGACAGCGGCUGGCCAUUCCAAGCGAAACAAACAAAACCAACAAGGGCGGAAGAGGCGGAAAAGAUACCAGGAGACUGGCUGGAGGAAGUAGCAAAAGCCUUGAAAAGAAGAAAACUGAUUGCAGAGCACGCUGAUGAGGUUGGGGAGUGAAGAGAAGAGGAAAGAUAAUUAUUAUCUCCCCGGUGGACAGCUCGUUUGUGCUGCUCUUCCGAAAAGACAGCUCUUCUUUUCCUCUUUCAGCAGGCUCGGUUUCUAGUUCUUUUUGCUUGAGCGGCAACCCGGAGCACAUUUCGAAGAAAAUUGUCUCCCCGGUGGAACGCUAGUUCGAAAAAGUUUUUGAUCAUCCGACGUUCAGCUUCUUCUCCGAUCAACUGGCUCGGAUUUUAUCAACUCUCUGCUGUGGUCGCUUCUGAAAGAGCACUAGUACUAGCAAAGAGCAAAAGUAUUAUUAACUCCUCGACCUGUUGCUCGCCUCAAGCUGUCAUUUAGUUUUAUCUCUUUCCACCGCCAUGCUCAAGCUCAGCUCACACCUGAGUAGAGAGCCAGUUUUUUUUUGUAUCUAUCUUUGACACGCACACACUCAACAUAGCCACAAGACCGGAACAGGUCUUUCAACUCCCUUUGUUUUUUCAUGCUGCUUAUGCUGCUUUCCGUAAGGUAUUCUCGAGCUAAGUGUCCAUUUUUCUGGUACUUUACUAAAGGAAAAGCCACGCGGCCGACACUUAGCCCGAGGAGAAGGAAGGUAGCAUUUUUCUGGUACUUUACAGAAAACUACAGCAACGAGAUCCGGAAAUUGUUUUCGUUCUCCAUUUUGUACUCUUUGUUUCUUUUGUUUUCGAUCUCCAAGCAAAUCUAGUUUAGAACAGCAGCAGGAGAUCUCAGGAUCAAAGCAACUUUUUUUUUUUUUCUGUACGUUUGUAGACCUCAAACAUCAAGAGAAGGAUCCGGAAAUAUUUGCAUACGGUCUAUCCUUUGGUUUCAUUUUGUACAAAGAGCAUUACUUUCAUGUCUCUCCUACUUUUGUUUCUUUUUGUACAAAGAUCAGAACAAGGCCCCACACCCAGGCGAAGGUAUCUGAAGGCUCCGCAGAGGGUCGAAGAACGGGUUAAGAUUCCUAUAAGCACGCCCUAGAUCCCACGUGUUAGGGCUAAGCGGAUAACCGCCGUGAAUUUGUAGCACCACCGGGCCGCUGCCCGAGGAGGUUCUUUUCAAUCGAGCUGCCAAUCAUACAGAAGAGACUGCUUUCUAAGCGAGACGAGCCACGUUUAAAGACACUUUUCUGCUAAAUACCCUAAAAGUUAAGUUCUCAGCAUUACAAAGCAGAAGAGGAAUAGUCAGAGACACAAACAGAGCCAAGACAGUUAGGAUUGAGAAGUGGUAAAACAGUUGACACAAGCAGGAAAGACAAAAAAAAAAAUAUAAGCAAGUAGUGAGGUGGCCGCAGCGAGCACAAAGAGGUCGCACCUAGAGCGAUAGUGCAACGCGAGCGGCGCAAGAGCAAUGAAAAUUUUUUUUAAAAAAAAAAAGGAAAAGAAAAGUGAAAAAAAAACGGAAAAGAUCGCAAAAGAAAAGAGAGAAGCUCAAGCACAGGAGGGUGCAGAGCAGCGACACAUACUUGGUAGACCGCAGCAAAGUGUGAAUAACUUCGCGUUGAUCACUGCGCUCGGUGGCGUUGGGGUGACUGCUUCUUUGCUACGCGCGAAAGAAGUGGCUGGGCGUAAGCUUGGGGUGAGAAUUUCCUCUUCGACUUCGUUAGGGUCAGGGUUUUAGCAGCGCUUGGCUUUUACUCGGAAACUUUCGAUGGUUUGAUCGGUGGAUGGGGAUUGCUCUUAAUCUCCUGAACACUAAGGGUGGACAGGUGGUAACCCUGGUGGACACCAAACGGGUGUUCGUCCGCUACUAAAACGGGCGGCGUUCGGACAUCUGGGAUGCGGCUGGCGACCAACCCAGUGCAGGCAAUUAACCUUGAGGAAGUUCUCGCAUCUCUCUGACAGUUCCUGGCUCACCUGAUAGCAUUCCUCCACUAUCAAAGAAGCUUGCUUCACAUUGUUUUUUUUUCCUUCUCACCCAGAGAGAGGAUCACAUAAAUUUGCGCCUUUCCAGGCCGAGGCACAUGCUUGCAAAGGAUAGGCAACUGCAUGCACAAUUUGGGCGAUGAUCCUGAAUGGUAUCGGAAGCUCGAUAAAGAUAAGGGCCGCAUCAAAGAGAAACGGACCUGGACCUGCAAAGUCCCGGACUGUGUCGUGGCCGACAGCAUCGCAGACGAUGGGAACGCUGUACGGAUUACAAAUAUCGAUCUGGGUCUGGAAAUUUGUGAUGCUGGUCGUAGAAUGACGAGCACGCGGCCACAACUGACGGCCAAGCAUGACAAGGUUGUAAGAUCAUACUAGGUGCUGCCUAUCCUGCAUGUUGACAAACAGCAUUUCUGCAUGACAGAAAAAGGGUACAGCUGCCUAACGUGCAUGACAGACAUAAGAGUAAUACUAGCCAACCAUGAGAAGCGUUGCAUUCUUCCAGACCCAGGCAUGUUUGCAUUUGAUGCGCGUCUGGCUCGGAUAAUGACGAGGACCAUGAGGAGGUGAACGAAGCGCCCGAGGGCCACGACUCGUCCGCAAACAAGUUAUCGGAUGAGGAGGCCAGUGAAGAAGUUAUGGUUUGUGUGAUGAGAGGGCAGCUCGGGCCUAGCGAAGCGGCCCGGGAUACAGACGAGGGAACACAAAGCGGAUUUCUAUAAAAGAAAAUGGCUCCGCCUGGCGUUGUCUGUGGUGUACGGUCCCGGGAAGACCUUAAACUCGAGGCCGUACGGAUUUUAUUCUCAAAAUUUUUAUCUUGGCCCGCUGCCACGUCCACACUCAUACAAGCACCCGCUUCAGAGACUCAGUUUCAACUCCAGUUUUCAAUACGGCUGGUCGGUCAAUUUGGGCAACCUAAGUCCGCUUCAGGGAUUCUCGUCCUGCCCGUUUCAGGGCGUCGGCUUACCGCGCCACAUCAUCGCCCCGGUUCAGGGCGUUGUUUUUUUGUGGCCCAUUUCAGGGUGUCAGUCUCAGUUUGCCACAGCCUGCGCACGGAGGCAUACGCUUCUGUACCUUCAAUUUGUCCGGUGCCUUUGUCUUAACAUUUGGUCUGCAGCUCACUAGCAUGUCCUGUGAUAUGAACACUAUCCAACCAGGAAUCAUUUUGCACACUUUGUCUUUCGUAUCUACUGAAGAUUGGCAAUUUGGACCCCUUUCAGGGCGUCGGUUUUCGACUUUGUCCUUCCGACCAAUUUCAGGACGUACGUACUUUCGCCUUUUCAGGGCGUCGACGGGCUUCCAAGGCUUGCGAGUACGAGUUUUAGCGAUAUUUCGAUCCUAGUGCUCGUAUCUUCGUCCGGGCCCGCGAGAUAGUGGUGCGAGAUGUCUCGACAUCUAAACACAGUUCCUUUUCUUUGUUGCCUGCUGCAACAUUUCGUCUUCUACUUCAGUUUCCUUUGGGCCUUGAGCAGAGGCAGCCCCGGGAGGUCAAGCUUAAGCCAGCACUAGUUCUCAUCGUUUCCCGUUUUCCAGUAGCUCCCCACCUGUUGCUCAUAACAAUAGCAGUUUCGUGCACUCACGUUUGCCGUAGCUCUACGUUGCAUGCAAGGCGCUGCGCCAUCUACGCCGCUUGCAGCGUUCCAAUGCCAAGCAACGACUUGGCCCUCUGUCGGAUCUUUUUCAUUGGCUCACUGCCGCCUAUCCGCGUCGCCGUCCCGGCCUCUGUGUGCGUCCCGUUUCCGCUGCUGAGGCACGAAUGCGGUGGCCGCCAUUGGCUGGUGGCGGGGGCGCCGGAUCUCGGGCUUCUGAUGCACCUAGACGCGCUCGCCUGUGGUGGGUUGUGUAGUGCAAGUUGGCAGUCCAAUGCCUCGCUAGCGCUCGAGGGCCACGGCUCCUCCGCGAACAAGUUAUCGGAUGAAGAGGCCAGUGAAGAAGAAGCAGUGGCUGAGGCGACCGGUGAACUGGAAGAGCUGCAAGCUAUUCCGUAUCUUGUGCAAAAACGAGGCCCGCGACAACGCGCCACAUUAAGUACUUAUUAAGCUGGCAACAUGAUACGCGUGGCUUGGAUAAUCAUAAUUGGCAUGGUGCGCCGUCCGCAGGAGAAGCGAUCUCUGGUGGUGGUUUUUUCCCUUUGAUGUCAUGAGUGCAGGGAAGAGAUACAACUUCCGGUGCGAUGAUCUCACAGCUGUUGUCUGCACUCAGCAGGAGAAUUGACCAGUUGAUAUUGAUUUUAUUUUUCGGAAGCUUGUGCUACUUGUUUUCCAUGGCUGUUCUACUAGUGCUUGUCAAGAAGCACUUUGUUAAACAUCAUGGCUAGCCAGUUGUGCUGUCUAGCGCCCUGCUGCUGGGGAACAGCCAGGUACUUAGUAUUAAGCUUGUACUGCAGAACGCGAGGAGUCAUGAGCAUGAUCUGUGGCGGUCCUCGUCGUGUGGGGGUUUGUUUUUACACCGGAUAGCAUCCCUGUCGUUCUCGAGGAGCCCUGUUGCUGACGAAGAAGGGGUCGCGCUGUGGGUGGACAGGUGGAAGCAAAGACCACGAAAGGAGGGUACUUAUCUAGCGUGAUUGCGUAAGUUUUUUCACAAUACAAAUUUCCCGUUUCAUUUUCUUCUGCGUAAGACAGGUCAAUGAAGAUCUGCAGCGUGGUACUUCUAGGUAACAACAACCCACAAAGCAGCUGGCAGAACGUAAAAAGUCUAAAACACAAAAACAAACAGGUGCGCCUCAUCGCAGCAAGAGUUUUGUACACAAAAAAGAGCGCACUUUUGGACUUUCAGUUGCUUUUGCAAAAAAAAAAUACGUAUGAGAAUAAACACGAAAAAACAACAUAUGAGAAAAACACGAAAAAACUACAUAGAUAUGUUGAGAAAACACAAAAAAAAAUAAAUAUGAGAAAAACGCAAGAAAAUAGCAAGGCUCGUUUAGUUUAAGUGUCGUCGCGGAAAGCCCCGACACGACCGGGUCGAUCAUUACCCGGUCUGUUUAGAGGGCUUUCUAUAUGGUAGAAGCCACAAGUUUCUUGCCCAGCUUGUCUUUUUGUUGAAGUAUCUCUGGUCACGUGAGGAGAAAGCAAAAAACUUCCAAGAGGUUCCGCGUGACCAUCCACAACAAACAAGCAAACGCUUUUCAGUUUACUUUGUACUAACAAACUUUUACUUUGUACUAUUUAACUGAGGAAGCCACGGCCUUGGAAAAAGGCGAAAGACAACCCCCGCUGUACCCCCGCGAGUCGGUCACGCUUCAUUUUUUUGUAACCCCGGAAUGUAAGAUUUUUUUUGCAAAAAUUAAUUAUCCCGAGAAUGGUGGGAAAAUAAGUAAUAUGAACGCAUCCCAGCAGCGAAUUGAAAACUCCCUCGGCGAGGAGUAGCCGGGGGCUUUUUGCAGUUUGUCGCAACGAAAAAGGUGGACCUUCGAAAAAAUAAUGUAGGGGCUUUUUUUGAAUCGAAGAUGCCAGCUUCACACGUCGUACAGCAACAAAAAGGCCAUCUCGUCCUGUUUGCUCGUGCAGUGCUGGAGCAAAU